AUGUGGGUCUUUGAGAAGCACAAGUCUUCUGCAACUGACAAGCCCCGCCACCCACAGGUCCACAUGCACAGUCAACACAGUCCUUACCCGUGUGUGCACUCUGACCUCCUGAAGUGGACCCAGUCUCUUCAAGAUUCUCCACAUGGGAUAAAUCACAAAAAUAAUGAGACAGCUGUAUUGGGAGAAAAUGUGACAAUUUUCUGCAAUUUAACGACUCCAGCAGAUGUUGUGCAAAUUACCUGGCAGAAGAUCCAAGAUUCUUUGCCACAAAAUAUUGGCACAUAUAGCAGUAGAUAUGGAGAAAAGAUCCUUCCACCAUACAUAGAUCGUCUGCACUGCAAAGCCGUCGAACCCACUUCCUCGUUCAUAACUAUUCUUGAAGUGACAUUUGAAGAUGAAGCCUGCUACAAAUGUGUAUUUAAUGUGUUCCCACACGGCAGCCGUGGAGGAGAAACCUGCCAUAACUUUAUAACUGUAUCUGAAUUAAGAUCUGAACUCCAGUCCAAUCUUGACUCUGAAGAUUUUCUUCAAUUUAUUUACUCAGCUGUGGGAAAACCUGCUCCUCAAAUAUCUCUUUUCCCAGCACAAGUCUUGAUUAAUCCACCAGAGGAAUACCUUGCUCAGAAUCCAAAUGGCACAGUGACUAUCUCUAAAACGUACAACGUCUCCUUAGAGACUGUUAGGUCCCUAAGACUCCAACACCUGAUUGUGUACAUGGAUCAUCCUCUAAGGAAUGAAGAGAAGAUUGUUCCUCUGUCAGUGAAACAAGAAUGUACUUCUGGUUCUUCUUCUAUUUGGCUGCCUAUAGUUGGUGCAUUCAUAAUUUUUCUACGGAUUUCACUUAUUAUUCUCUUUAUUGUUUGGAGAAAGAAAAGGUAAGUUGUAUUAUGACCUGUCUGUGAUAGAGAAGGUGGGUAUAAUAGAGCUAGUUUCAAAUCUGAAGAAAAACAAUUCCAAAAUUCG